AUGGAGGAAUCGUCGGCUACGUCGUCGUCGUCGUCGUCUUCCUCCUCCUCGUCUCAUUAUUUCUCAAUUUUCACGAAUUACCCUCUGAUUUCCGCCGUCCUAGCUUUCACCAUCGCUCAGCUCAUCAAAUUCUUCACCUCCUGGUAUAAGGAGAAGAGAUGGGAUUUGAAACGGCUUUGUGGGUCAGGAGGAAUGCCUUCUUCACAUUCGGCAACAGUCACAGCUUUAGCUAUGGCCGUUGGAUUACAAGAAGGCUUUGGAGGAUCUCAUUUCGCAAUCGCCUUGGUUCUCACUUCCAUUGUGAUGUAUGAUGCAACUGGUGUGAGAUUACAUGCUGGACGCCAGGCUGAGGUUCUCAAUCAGAUUGUGUAUGAGCUUCCUGCAGAGCAUCCUUUAUCUGAAAGCAUACCCUUGCGUGAACUUCUUGGUCAUACUCCUCCACAGGUGGUUGCUGGUGGAGUUCUUGGGAUUGCAACAGCAGCUUUUGGUUACUUAAUCACCUUGAUAGCAAAGUAG